AUGAGGCUUUCAAAGCACGUCGCUCUUGUUUAUGCCCUCGCAGUAGGCAGUGUUACUGGUUAUGUCUUCCCUGAUUGCAAAGGUGGACCUCUAGCAAGCAACGCAAUCUGCAACACUGCUCUUGACCCCAUUACGCGGGCAACUUCCUUGGUCAAGCUGUUCACUGUUCCAGAGCUGAUCAAUAAUACUGUCAACAAGUCUCCUGGUGUUCCUCGUCUGGGUUUGCCAGCGUACCAGUGGUGGUCGGAAGCCUUGCAUGGAGUGGCAAACAGUCCAGGUGUUAAUUUCUCGACGUCAGGCGAAUUCAGCUAUGCGACAUCGUUUCCCCAGCCGAUCCUUAUGAGUGCUGCUUUCGACGAUGAGUUGAUCAGGUCUGUUGGAAGCAUUGUGGGUAUGGAGGGACGUGCCUUCAAUAACUACGGGCGCGCGGGUCUGGACUUCUGGACACCAAACAUUAAUCCGUUCAAAGACCCUCGAUGGGGCAGAGGUCAGGAAACACCUGGAGAAGACCCGUACCACCUCUCCCAAUACGUGUACAACCUCGUGGUUGGCUUGCAAGGUGGUCUUGACCCAAAGCCUUACUACCAGGUUGUUUCCACCUGUAAACAUUUUGCAGGCUACGAUCUCGAGGACUGGGAUGGCACUGUUCGAUAUGGCUUUAACGCAGUGAUCACUUCUCAAGAUCUCGUGGAAUACUACCUCCCCUCAUUCCAGAGUUGUUAUAGAGAUGCCAAAGUUGGUGCUGCCAUGUGCUCGUACAAUGCUAUCAACGGUGUUCCUUCUUGCGCAGAUGCGUACUUGCUUCAAGAUAUUCUCCGUGAUUUCUACGGCUUCGCACAAGACCGAUGGGUCACGAGUGAUUGUGGUGCCGUCCAAAAUAUUUACUGUCCCCACAACUAUGCUACCCCUCAACAGGCUGUUGCAGACGCACUCAAGGCUGGAACUGACCUAGAUUGUGGUAACUUCUAUGAAGAAUGGUUGCCAAUCGCAUACAAAGAGUCUCUUAUCAUAGAGACCGACCUACGCACAGCUUUGGUUCACCAAUACGCCUCGCUCGUCCGCCUCGGUUACUUUGAUCCAGAAGAGCGACAGCCUUACAGAACAUACAACUGGAGUAACAUCAAUAUUCCUAUCGCUCGACAGCUUGCAUACCGAGCUGCCGUGGAAGGUAUUGUUCUCCUGAAGAACGACGGUAUUCUACCACUCUCAAGUAGUAUCAAAAACAUUGCUUUGAUCGGCCCGUGGGCAAACGCAACCACCCAGAUGCAGGGCAACUACUUUGGCGUUGCUCCCUAUCUCAUCAGCCCCGUCAUGGGCGCGAUGGAUGAUGGCUAUAAUGUCACCUACGUGUCGGGCACCAACAUUACAUCGAACGACACGGGUGGAUUCGCUGCUGCUGUUGCAGGCUGCAAAGGAGGCAGACGCUGUCAUCUACGCUGGUACGAGGCCCUGGAUCGCUACUCGAUCACUUGGCCCAGCAACCAGCUCGACCUUAUUGCUGAGCUUGAGAUGAUAGGCAAGCCUUUGGUCGUGGUGCAAUUUGGUGGCGGACAACUUGAUGACUCCAUUCUCAAAGGCAAUGCUUCUAGUGGUGGAAAGGCUGUUUUCGAUACCCUCAGUGGCAAGGUUGCGCCUGCUGGGCGCCUUCCUAUCACGCAAUACCCAGCAAGCUAUGUCAACGAGAUCCCCAUGACGAAUAUGAACCUCCGUCCCAAUUCAACGAGUCCGGGCCGUACCUAUAUCUGGUACACUGGCACGCCUGUCUACGAAUUCGGAUAUGGCGAGCACUACACUACAUUUUGUUACAAAUGGGUGCGAGCCCCUGCAACAUCAUACAACAUCCAGGCUCUCAUUGAUGGAGGGAAGUAUGCUGCGUACUUGGAUGUCGCACCGUUUGCUACGCUUGCUGUUAGUGUAACAAACACCGGAAACAGGACAUCUGACUAUGUUUCCCUUCUUUUUGCCAGUGGCAUGUAUGGAGAUGCUCCCUACCCUAACAAGGUUCUUGUCAGCUACACCCGCUCUCACGGCAUUAUGCCAGACACCACUGCAAUAGCUGAGCUACCGAUUACACUCGGCAAUCUCGCAAGAGCAGAUACCGACGGCAACUUUUGGCUCUAUCCUGGGACUUAUGAGCUUGCGCUCGACACUAGUGGAGUUUUGACCUCCAAAUUCAAGUUGACGGGAAGUGCUGCACGGCUCACUUCCUUCCCGCAAAACACCAUGACUUCGUAA